AUGUGGUUGGAGAAAUAUGCUCCUCAGAGUUUAGACGAAUUAACAAUUCAUAAAGAUAUAACGGAGAGGUUAAAAAAAUUAAGUGCUCAUAAAGAUUUACCCCAUAUAAUAUUUUAUGGCACACCUGGAGGUGGAAAAAGCACUAGAAUAGAUUGCUUAAUAAAAGAAAUAUUUAAAGAAGAAAAAAUAAUUAGAAGACCUGAAUGUAUAACAAAUGUAGAAAAUAAAAUAAAUAUAAACGUAGUUCAAAGUAAUUAUCAUUUAGAAUUACAAUGUUUUGAAUUAGGAAGCAAAGAUAAAAUUAUUGUUCAAAGUAUUAUUAAAGAAUUAUGUAGUUAUAAAUCUAGUGCCUCCUUUUUUUCUAAAACUCCUAUGUAUAGAAUUUUUGUUUUUAAAGAUGCUGAAUUUUUAAGUGAAGGGGCUCAAGCAGGAUUAAGAAGAACAUUAGAAACGUAUAUAAGAAAUGCAAGAGUUAUUUUACAUUUAGAACAUUUAUCUAAAAUAAUAGAACCAUUAAAAAGUAGAUGUAUUUGCAUAAGAGUUCCAUUGCCUACAGAAGAAGAGAUUUUUAGUGUUUUAAAAAAUAUAUGUGACAACGAAAAUGUUUCUGAAUCUUUUAGUUCACAAUCUUUUUUUAAAAAUUUAAUAGAAACACAUGGAAGAAAUUUAAGGAAAUGCAUCAUGGCUUUAGAAAUGACAGUGUAUGCAAAUUCAACAAAGCCACAUCAAUCUUUAUCAGUUGCUGCCACUUAUAUAAAUGAACUAUGUGAUUUUGUUUUUAUAAACCCAACUCAAACAAAAAUGAAGGAAUGUGUAACAAAAAUUCAGAGUUUAAUAACAUGCCAAAUACCUGUUAAUUUUAUUUUUGAAACAACUAUUAAAUACCUAUUAAGAAGUAAUUAUGAUUAUAAAUUAAAAUGCUAUUUUCUUAAGUUAUGUUCUCAUUUUUCGUAUUUAUCAGAAGCUUCAUAUGAUAAAAGUGUUUCCCUUAUUGCAUUUAUUGUAAACGUAAAUACUGCCAUAGUGAAAUAUAACUUAUCAAAAAAAUAA